UCCUGAGCCCCGUCAGGGCGGGCGGCCUGGUUCCGCAGGUUUCCCUGGCCACCGCCUUCACCUCCGUGCCCAGCGUGCGCGGUGGCGCUGCCCUGACUUCCGGGCGUUUUGACGUGGCGCCGCUGUCAAUUCCAACGGAAGGACUCUGGAAGAUGAGGAAUAGAAGUCUAGUCGGCCUCCCGGCACGAAACCGCUGCCUCUCCUGAAAUGAGGGGAGGAAGGAGUAGGACUGCCGCCUGUGCUUGGAACAUUCCACUCCCUUUGGCAGUAGAAGGGGUCCCUGAACAUCUAAACACGUUCUUCCUGCUUCCUUCGUCGUCCAGUACCUUCUGGUUUCCCUAGAAACUUUGAGAAAUCCUUUAGCCUUCACUGAGUGGCUUCGAAAGCGAGGGCACUCGCUACAAUUCCCAGAUUUUCUAAAAAGGAGAAGCGAAGGCAGUGCCAACGACAACAGCGACCCGAUCCGUAUUUACUAGGUGCCAGGCACUGUGCUCUGCACAGGCUAGAUACCACCUCACGCCGCACGACGACUUUAUGAAGAGAAUUUCCUUUACCACUCCUGCUCCUCGGUUCUGGGAUGAAGGCCUGAAGCACAGGCCGGUUAAACUACCUGCCCGGGCGUCAGUCAGGGGCCAGGAUUCAAACCCAGGGAGUUUAGUUCCCCGGGGUUGAAUCGGGGUGUGAACCUGACUUGUAGGGUCAGUUCUCCAGACAUCUGAGUCAGAAGAAGGUUCCCUCACAAAGGCAUUAAGACCUCUCUGGGAUGCACAAGGCUGAAAUAAAACUAACCCCAGCUCUUGGAAGCAAUCCCUUACCAUCUGCUCAGGAACUGGCUUUCCUAAACGCGUUCACCCUCGUUUUCAGUCCUCACUGCGACCCGGAAGGCAGCUCUUUCCAGCCUUAGUUUGCUGAGGAGAAAAAACAAGCCUGGGAGAGGUGACUGGCAGUCCAGCACGUAAAAGAUGAGAACAUAGGCCCACACCUCUGGGAAGGGGGCGGUGUGGACCUACUGCAAGAGGACCUGUGAAGGGGCUGGGGAGGAGGAGCGUGGUCGUGGUCGUGGUCGUGCUGAUGGUGGUGGUGGUGGUAAAAAAUCAAUCAAGCAAUCAGUCAAAGCAUCGCUGCUCCCUGAAGCCCAGCCCUCAGGACGCCUUUCGGUCCAGAAAGUGCCGCUCAGCACUCAGCAGGAGACAGAAGUUGGAGUUGAAAGGCGAAAAAGAACCCAGAGAUUCCCCAGCGAAAAUGUGUUGCGGCCCCUGUUGAAGGAGUCAACUUCCAGGCUGUUAAAAGUCUUCAAGUCAUUAGCAUCAGCUGCUGCACUAGAGGGGCAAGCCAGCGCCUCUAAGUGGCUUAGCGCACAAACGAGGCUCCCGAGACUCCCGCGCAACCCCUUCCGCUCUCCCACCACCGCCUGGAUGUAAAUUGCUCUCUGGAGCCCAUCUUGACUCGAGAACUGCGCACCGGCUCCGAGGGCGCGCUGGAUGGCCAGCUCUCUGCCAGAGGUUCUCCAAGUGCCAAGAGACACGGAGAAAGGCCCGCUCCAGUUCUUUUGGCACAGCCUACGAGACCGCUACACCAACACCUCUUGACAUGGAAAUGCACUGAUACAAUAGGCAAAAGAAACGCUCGCUCGCAUCUCUCGGUUCCAGUGGCCUUAUUUGGGCGACUCGUUCCUGACCUUAUUCCCGUGAUGGAGGAUUCAGGCAUCCAGCGAGGCAUCUGGGAUGGAGAUGCCAAGGCUGUCCAGCAAUGCCUGACAGAUAUUUUUACCAGUGUUUACACCACCUGCGACAUCCCUGAGAAUGCUAUAUUCGGUCCCUGCAUCCUGAGCCAUACUUCCCUGUAUGACAGCAUAGCUUUCAUAGCUCUCAAGUCCACGGACAAGAGAACAGUCCCCUAUAUCUUCCGGGUAGACACCUCAGCGGCAAAUGGUUCUUCAGAAGGUCUAAUGUGGCUGCGACUCGUCCAAUCAGCCAGAGAUAAAGAGGAGCAGAACCUUGAAGCCUAUAUAAAAAACGGACAGCUGUUUUACCGCUCUCUCCGCAGGAUUGCCAAAGACGAGGAGUUACUAGUUUGGUAUGGGAAAGAACUGACUGAGUUACUCUUGCUCUGCCCCUCUAGAUCCCACAGCAAAAUGAAUGGGUCAUCCCCUUACACAUGCCUGGAAUGCAGCCAACGUUUCCAGUUUGAGUUCCCCUAUGUGGCGCAUCUGCGCUUCCGCUGCCCCAAGAGACUUCACAGCGCUGAUGCCAGCCCCCAGGAAGAGCAAGGCGGCGGCGUGGGCGCCAAGGAUCACGGGGGCGGGGGCGGGGGCAAGGACCAGCAGCAGCAGCAGCAGCAGCAGCAGCAAGAGACCGCCUUGGGCCCCGGCCCCAAGUUCGGCAAAGCCGGCCCCAUCCCCCACUACCCGGCCCCCUCCCCCGAGGGCAGUAACCCGCCUGCGGCCGGCGGCGGCGGCGCCAAGCCCUCCACGGACUUUCACAACCUGGCCCGGGAGCUCGAAAACUCGGGGGGAGGCAACAGCUGCUCCCCGGUCCGGAGCCUCGGCAGCGGCGGCGGCCACCAGGAGGCGGAGCUGAGUCCCGACGGCAACGCCAGCGGCGGCGGCAAGGGGAAGAGGAAGUUCGCGGAGGAGGCGGCGGAGGGCGGCGGCGGCGGCGGCGGCGGGGGCGGCGGCGGGGGCGGGGGGCUGGCGGGGGGCCGGGGUCGCUUCGCCGAGCGGCCGGUGCCCGCCUCCAAGGAGGACCUGGUGUGCACGCCGCAGCAGUUCCGCGCCUCGGGCAGCUACUUCAGCCUGGAAGAGAACGGCCGCCUCUUCGCGCCGCCCAGCCCCGAGACGGGCGAGGCGAAGCGCAGCGCCUUCGUGGAGGUGAAGAAGGCGGCCCGGGCGGCGGGUCUGCAGGAGGACGCGGCCGCCGACGGCGGGGGCGCGGCCGGCGACGACCAGGACGCGGGCGGCGGCGGCUCCUGCACGCCGGUGGCCGCUUCGCCGGGGGGCGCAGACGCGCUGCUGGCGCCGCGGCCCGGGGCCCCGCUGCCCGGCCGGCUGGAGGGCGGCAGCCCGGCGCGCGGGAGCGCCUUCACCUCGGUGCCGCAGCUGGGCGCGGCGGGCGCGGGCGUCACCGGCGCGGGCGGGGCGGGCGCGGGCGCGGGCGCGGGCGGCGCGGGGGCGUCGGGCGGCAGCGGCGCGGGCGGCGGCCAGGGCGCCCCGUCGGACGAGCGCAAGAGCGCCUUCUCGCAGCCGGCGCGCUCCUUCCCGCAGCUGCCCCCGCUGGUGCUGGGCCAGAAGCUGAGCGCGCUCGAGCCGUGCCACCCCGGCGACGGCGUGGGCCCCGCCAGACUCUACCCCGCCGCCGCCGACCCUCUGGCCGUGAAGCUCCAGGGGGCCGCGGACCUGAACGGCGGGUGCGGCGCGCUGCCCAAGCAGAACCCCUUCCUCUACGCCACCGCCUUCUGGCCCAAGAGCUCGGCGGCGGCGGCGGCGGCGGCGGCGGCCGCGGGGCCCCUGCAACUGCAGCUGCCCUCGGCGCUCACGCUGCUGCCGCCCUCCUUCACCUCGCUGUGUCUGCCCGCGCAGAACUGGUGCGCCAAGUGCAAUGCCUCCUUCCGCAUGACCUCCGACCUGGUGUACCACAUGCGGUCGCACCACAAAAAGGAGUACGCCAUGGAGCCCCUAGUGAAGCGGCGGCGGGAGGAGAAGCUCAAGUGCCCCAUCUGCAACGAGUCCUUCAGGGAGCGCCACCACCUCUCCAGGCACAUGACCUCGCACAAUUGACCGGAAAGGACCCUGGUUUUCCACGCGCGUACACUCACAACCAAGCCACCUACGGGGAAAGCACGCGAGGACAUCCACCACCUGCUUGGGACCUGAAACACUGCACCCGGAGACGGACAGGAACACACACGCGCCACCCCGACCUUGGCACUACACGUUUACCGGAGACCUGCAUCACGCACACACACACACACACACACACACACACACACACACAAGACAGGAUGGUGGAUUUUUGAUUGGGUGGGUUGUUCGAGGGGUUUUCUUUUGAAUGCACGCAUUUUCACUUUCCAAAAAUAAAGGUACAUUUUUUGAAAUGUCAUAUAUUGCAACAUAUUGAUGCAUUUGUCAUACGUUUCUACUUAAAUUAUUAAGCACUUACGGUUUAGAUGUAAUAAUUCUAUGUAAGGGCAAAAUUUAUUUUAGAUAUAAAGUAAAGGAGGAGGGUGAGAUGCUCUCUGCAUUUCUUGAUGACAGUUUGUGUUCUUACAAAAACAAAUAAAAAGAAGAAAAAGGGGUCACCAUUCAAUUUAAGUUUCCAGGGGGAAGUGCAUGUAUCAUGAAAUGAUUAUGGACUUCAAUGAAGAAUGUCAUCAUUAUGUAAAUAUGUAUUUCCUUUUAAUACAAAGUGUAAUUUUGUGCCAGUGAAAUGGAGUCUGAAUAGUUAUGUGUUUCUUUUAUCCCUGGAAAGAUUUAUUAAACUUUAUAGAUUAUCCAGGUAUGUUGGAUGCUUUGACAAUAAAUGACUAUUUUCUUCAAAGCAA